AGGGCACACUCAUAUUGCUGAAAACAACUAUGAACCUGCUGUUUUUCUUUUUCUUCCUGGGAGCUUGUUUCUUAGGGUUAACAAAUGCUACAACGUGCUCGCCAGCAGAAAUGCAACGCUUCUGGGUAUGUAUGAAGAAGUGCAAAGAUGACAAAUUGAUAUGCCGAAAAAGGUGUCACGUGGGGUGUCGUGGUCUCAAAAGAAUGCGUUCUGUAUGAAACGAGC